CGCAGUUCGCGCGAUCAAGUCUCGACUUCUCUCCCCCUCGCUCUCGUGCAAUCAGGAGACGCCGGUGACCACUCGCUGGCACGAACGUCGCCAUGAAGGCCACCAACCAGGGGGAUGUGUCGGUGUACACCAUAGCCGGCGCAAACACGGCGCGCCCUCUUCCGGAUUGGCUCGCUCGUCGCCGGAAACGCAGCUUGAAGUCCGACCCGGAGUACCAGAAUCGGAUAGAGCUUCUCCAAGACUUCGAGUUCGAGGAGGCCAGCCAGUGCGUGCGAGUCUCGGAGGACAACGAUUGGAUAAUGUCCACGGGGACGUACAAACCUCAGUUUCACGUUCACUACCUACCUCAUCUCUCUCUGUCGUUUUCGAGGCACACGACGUCCCUCAAUACCACCUUCGUCCUCCUCUCGACCGACUACUCGAAAUCGCUCCAUUUGCAAAGCGACCGGAGACUAGAAUUCCAAACCCCCGCCGGUUGUCACUACGGGCUACGCUUGCCCAGGUACGGGCGAGACCUCGUUUACGAUCGACAUGCUACCGAGGCAUUGAUUCCUUCCGUGGGACUGGAUUCCGAUGGUAACGGCGAGGUCUUCCGAGUCAAUCUAGAAAUCGGGAGGUUCGUCAAGUCGUAUCAGGUCGAUGUGGGGGCCGACGAAGGCGUCGAAGGCGGCUUACAAGGGAGCAUCGGUGUUGGAAGUGUGAACACGGCAGCAAUCGCCGAGACGAGCCACAACUUACUGGCAUUUGGGACGUCUAUCGGCUCCGUCGAGUUCUGGGAUUCGCGAUCCAAGGCUCGGAUUGCCGUUCUGGGUGGUCAGGAAGGCGAAAUAACUGCUCUCGACUUCAACCCGUCGGGGCUUUCGUUGGCGACAGGUACCUCGAACGGUAUAGUCAAAAUUUUUGACCUGCGGAGUCCGAAACCACUCCUGCAGAAGGACCACGGUUCAGGAUUCCCGAUCAAGAAUCUGAUUCAUAUGACGACGUCUUCGCAGGAGAAGAAGAUCUUAUCUGCUGAUAAGCAGAUGAUCAAGAUCUGGGACGAACUCGAUGGCGAGACCUGGACGUCUGUUGAGCCAUUGGUCGACAUCAAUUUCGUCACAUGGUGCAAGAACACGGGAAUGAUUCUGACGGCUAACGAGGGCAAACCUCUGCAUAGCUUUUUUAUACCGCAGCUAGGAUCUGCGCCGCGGUGGUGCCCGUUCCUCGACAACAUGGUUGAAGAGAUGGCCGACGAGGUCAGCACCGAGCAAUAUGACAAUUUCAAGUUCCUCACUCUGCCGGAAUUGAGGUCCCUCAGCCUCGACCACUUGAUCGGCAAGACAAACCUAUUACGCCCUUACAUGCACGGAUAUUUCGUGGCUUCGAAGCUGUACGAGCAAGCUCGGUUAAUCGUCAACCCGUAUGCGGCGGAAGAGGAGCGUGCCAAGCGUAUCAAGGAUAAGGUUGAAAAAGAGCGUGCCAGCCGCAUCCGCGGAAAUAAGAAGGUCAAAGUCAACCAGAAACUAGUCGAUAAGUUGCUCAAGCGUCAAGAGAGGAGGGCGCAAGUGGACACGAAGGCUGGGUUGCUUGGUGAUGAGCGUUUCGCCCAACUAUUUGAAGACGAGGAGUUCAUGAUCGACGAAAACAGUCACGAAUUCCGGGCUCUUCACCCAAGCACGAACGCCGACGGAGGGGCAGGCGCGGCCACUACUUUCCAGAGAGCGACGUCAGACGAGAGCGAGGAAGACGCAAGCGACGUCGACGAAAGCGACGUUGAAGCCGCUCCCAAGCCGGAUAGAGAGAGACAGAUGGUGAUGCGCGUCCGGGCGUCCGGUAGCAGCAGUGGCCGCUUGUCGAAAGACACAUCACUGGGUUCUAGGACGCAAAAGCCGGGCCGGGUUAGCAAAGCCCGAACCGGCGACGUGGUUGGAGAGAGAAAGAUCACGUUCAUACCAGAAUCGACGAGGAAGAAGAAGACGGAAGAGGCCCCGAUCGCGCAGGCGAAGGAUAGACGAAAGGACUCGCGACGGAGCGCUAGUAGUAAUGUCUUCAGACGACUAUGAUACCCCUAAUGAUGAAAUAAUUGGACGGAUUAAACAGGAUCCCCAGUGCGAAUCGCCUCCCCCGUGACUCCUGGCUCCAGUUUGGAGAGGGA